AUGUUGAUUGGAGCAGAAGGAUUUUACGCUAUUAACAACCCAUUUCAGACAAACGGGCCAAAAUGGUUCAGCGAAAUCAAAUGGCUUGAUUUUGACAUGUACCUGAGGAUGGACUUGCCGGGGGUCGGAUCAGAUCCAGAUGUCGUUGAUAUUUCCGUUGACGACUCAAAGAAAGGUGUGACUAUCAAAGCCUUGGCGCCAUGUCUCAACAUAAAUGACUCCUUCCCCCGCAGCUACGAUACCUACAUCGGUCUCGGUUGCCAUUGCUGCGAGAUAUCUAGCGUCGACAAUCCUCAAGUAACCGACGGGGUUCUCAGGCUAAUCCUCUCCACGACCCCAAUCAAAGGCGACGACGGGGCUCCAGGCCCUCCCCAACAAGACCCGGAGUCAACGGGAAAGAUACUGCAGCCACACCCAGGCUUGAGCGAAGGACCGGCUAGUGCUUAUGAGUACAAACAGCUCCUAGACGGCAGCGUAUACGUUCGUUUAGACAUGCCUGGCGUUUCCGACGUUGACAUCAAUGUGGACUUCGUGAAUUAUAGACUGAUUGUGGUUGGUGAUGCUCCUACCGUUAGCCACGACUCAGGUGGUCGGUCGUAA